AUGCGUUCAUCCUACAUUAGAACUACCGAGGUGAAUGAGGUGCCCUUGUUCCACGUGGAAAUGAGACAAAGAGAAAUCUGCAAUACCUUUCCUGUGGGCGGCCAGCAGCCAGUUGACAUUGAUUAUAUUAUCAUCAGUCUCAGCAGCGGUGAGGAGAGCGAGUUUCCUGCGAGCGACUUCAUGGAAAACCAUGCAGUUCCCUCAGCUAGAAUUCGCAAUCCCAGUCUCGUGCUGCGGAAAUCCGCCGAGGUUAACGAUGGGUCACUGCCUCUCGAUCCUCCACCCGACAUCAAUGACUCUGACAUGGAUCCUCCUGACGUGACUCUCGAGAGAGAAGACAAUGUCGAGGAAGUGGAAAGGCACCCUGACAUCCAAGCUUGGAUAGGCUUUGCUGACGAUUCCUGGCCCACUUCCUCACAGCACUGA